GGUCCCCUGCUCCUUUCAUGCCAUCUCUCUUUAUUGUUUUUAUGGCUGGAAUCACCGUGUGCUCCAUCAAUGGAAUUCUCAGAGACGUUUCAGUUUGUUUGUCAGAGAUCUGCAACAGGGGAUGGUGAUGAUGAUCUUCGGAAAAUUUACAGAAAAUGCAGAAAACAGGUUAGGGUAGAGAUGAAAGCUGAGAAAAGCUCCCACUAGCACAUAAACAAGUACCAUCAAAAACCAAAAAGAAAGAAAAAAAGAGUUGUUUUGGUGGAGAAACGUGUAGAGAGAAGUAAGAAUAGAUUUUGUAUGGAACAUUUCUAAACUACUAUUUCGUCCCACAUCGGUUUCUUGACUCAAAAUUGUGUUGUUUAUAUGAGUCCUUCAAACAGUUACUGCACGUCGAGCUCAGUAACAAGGGCUUGUGACCCAUGUGGGGACAACAAGUUGGUUGAACACUGGCUCGGUCCACAGGUCGGAUCUGUUAUGGCACUGUUCUGGGCUGCCCAGUCCAAGCCGAGAGUGAACCGUGUGUGUUGAGCGAAGGCUUGGCUCAAGCGGUUCCUAAAGUGUAGGGCAAUGCGCUAGGCUGGUUUCACAGAGCAGCGAUCACCUCCCUCUUUCGGCAGUGGACGGAUCACGGCUCAACGUCACUCACGUUCACCAUGGCCUGCUGGCUCGUACCCAGCUGGACAUCCAUUUUUUUUUUUGUUAACCAAGUUUCUUCUCCUCCACUAUUAUUUUUUUUCAUUUUUAUUUCUUUCAUCAAAUUCAGAUGAUACGGAAAAUGCAAUAACGCUGAUAAAAUCUGAUUAACAACAAAAAUGAUUCACAGUCAAAUUAGCCUACCACGUAUGUUAAAGAAAAUGAUUCGAGGGCUCUGCCUAAAAUGCAUUAGUUCGGUUUGGAGUUAGGUUAGAUGCUAACUUAAACAACAUGAUCUCUUCUUAACCCUUGUUAUUUUACUAAUCUUCUUGGUUCAAAAUAAGGUGGGAAGGGUUAUCGGAGCGGUGACAAUGGGGAGGAGAGGGCGUGUGAGUUAAGCUAAUCUCCGACGCUUAAACCGUAAUUCUUGCCUUGUAAACAAAAUAAACAAUAUUAUGAAAAAAUGGUUAAUUUUAUUUAGCUUUUUGGAAUCUUGCUUCCUUGUUUCUCCAAAUUAACAAAGUCAGAUUCAAUUGUUAGGCAACAUCUCUUACACUGCGUCCAAGCAAGAAUAUUUAGAUUCCAUGCUGUUUUCAAUAAUAAAUAAAACAUGAUUAAUGCAUGCCAAUGUAUGUAUUAUACUAUUAUUUACUAAUAAAAUAAUAUCCAUUUAUUUCAUUUAUAUAAUUAAUCUGUUCAAUGUAAGAGAGGUGAUCUCUUUCGAAAAAUAAGCUGAAGUUGUAAAAUCAAAAUCGCCUCUCUCUUUUGGUCAACACCAUUGCAUAAAGUAUAGGCGGUGGCUUGUGGAUGGUUUUUCUGCUUCUGAGUCGCGUAUAUAAACUUGAAACUCAAGAUUCCAUUUUUUAUUCCUCCAACAUUCAAAUAUGGUUUACCAUAGAGAGGAAAAGUCAUAUCGUUUCCUUCUUAUCUCUUAUAAGAAAAUAUAUGAUCAAAACUCCCCUAUAAAUACAUAGGUUUCGGAGCAUCCUAAGAAAAUCAAACCAGGAAACAAAAACAGUCUUACAUAUCCACAAUGAAGAAGAACAACAACAACAGGAACAUUAUGAAGAUGAGUUCGGCACAAGAAAGUGGUAAUGGUACUACUAACAUCGUGAUCACAGAGACGAGGAAUAAGAAGGUAGAGAGGAACGCAUCAAUGGACGUGGACCAAUGCGCGGAAGCUUUCAUCACAAAUUUCAGAAAGCAGCUUCUUCUACAGCGUCUGGAAUCCAUCGAAAACAUGCUCUCUAGGGGGCUUUAAAACUAUUUGUUAAUAAACACUUGUAUGUAUUACUCCUUUUAUGUAUUAUUUAUUUCUUUUUCUUUUAUAUGCGCUAACUACCACGGUUUAGAAUGCAUUAACCGAGAGAGAAACAAUAUAUAUAUAUAGGUUUAUAUGGUUUCGGCUUCAAAUUAGUUGGUAAUGAAUAAAUUCAUCUAUGUCAUUUUUUUACUAGUCUGUUGUGAAUUCAGGAAUAUAACACGAUGGAUCUGACGCAAAAAUAAAAGAGCAUUAAAAUUAAGCAAAAUAUUUUAUAUGAUUUUUAGUUAGUUUGCAAAUGAUUCAUAAACCCUAAAAUUCAUGAUAACUAACAUCCUAUAAAAACCUAAUUUUAUUUCAAACACUUGAAUAAUAGAACCCUGGACGGUAAAACAUAAACAAAACAUGAUAAAACAAUAAAGAGAAAAUGAUAUUUUCUUUAAUAUAUGCUCUUUUCACAUUCCACUGAUUCACGUCGGUCUCUUAUUCAUUACAUUCAAUAUCAAGUAGACAAUACAUACACACAGGAUGACAACAAA